AUGUGCCAGGUGAAGACAUACACGAGAGUGCCUCCAAUGACAGAGAGGUGCCAGACAACGGGGAGGAAGAGAUCCAAGACUGCUGUGAUCAGGAUGGAGGAGCUGAUAGUGGCUGUAUUGAGCGAAGUUGUGGGGGUUGCUGUCAUUAACUGGUUGGUAUAA